GUCGCGCUCACUGUCUGUCUGGUAACUGGUUCCUCAAAGCGCUCACACUUUUGAACCGGACGUCGCAGUCUCCAUGACACAACACGUGCCGCCUCAAUCUCCUUCCCCCUCUCUCUGAUUGAAGCUGCGUCGUACCCAUCGGAGGGUAGUCCGUAACCAGCACACCAAACUCGCGCUCUUUUUGAGGCUGGUUCGGACUUACCUUGGGAGCGGGCCCGAUCUUGGUGGCCACAAACCUCGGAACCACCCCACUGGCUGCUGGCCAUCCGUAGCGCCCCUGCUAUUCGUUCCACCACGUAUUGAUCGAGUGAGUUUGUGGUGGCGGUGGUAGGGGAUCUGGUAGGACCAUCAUGAGCGACGGUGGUGGUGGUGGGGGCAAUCAUUUGAUCUCUGUUCAUCCCGAUGAGCUCAAGUUUCCAUUUGAACUGGAAAAGCAAAGCUACUGUGAUGUUAAAGUUGCAAACAACACAGAACAUUAUGUUGCUUUUAAGGUUAAAACCACUUCACCCAAAAAGUACUUUGUGCGGCCCAACACGGGUGUUAUACAGCCUUGGGACUCGUGUCUCAUAAGAGUCACCCUCCAAGCACAGAGAGAAUGUCCUCCAGAUAUGUAUUGCAAAGAUAAAUUUCUCUUGCAGAGUACAAAAGUGCCUCCACAUAGUGAUGUUGAUGAACUUCCGCAGGAUACUUUUAACAAGGACAGUGGAAGGGCAAUAGAGGAAUGCAAACUUAAAGUUGUGUACAUCUCUCCCGCUUCAGCUCAAACAAACUCAGAAGAUCAAGCAUUAAUGGGAUCUGCACAAAGUCCUAAUACCAAUUCUAACCAGGCUUUGCAGUUGCUGAAGGCUGAAAGAGAUGCAGCAGUUCAACAAACACAGCAGCUACAACAAGAACUGGACAUGCUGAAGAGACGAAGAUCUCGAAAAAGUGACCAAGGCUUCUCACUCACCUUUGCAAUAUUUGCGGCACUCAUUGGCAUUAUGGUUGGCUUCCUCAUGAACCUUUCAUUGUUCUCAUCAUCUGCAGAAUGACUCAAUACUUUCCAGGAUUCAUGAGAUCCCUUUUCUUAUCUGUGCACUGUAUAAUUUCAAGCUCGGUUGGAUGGGAAUUUGCCUAUUUUGUAUAUUGGUCAAUAGUAAAUCUGUUGUGAUCAGUUGGUUUACAAAAGAUUCUCCUUUUCCAUCAACAGGUUACUCCCAAUGUGAGUGAAAAUUUGUUUAA